UCAGCAACUGGUCGGCGACAAAAACGACGACGGGCCGCGAAGAAAGAUGGUCAGUAGGGCAGGCGUUUCUUCUUGGCUGCGGCCACUGGUAGUGAUAGUGUGUUUCGGCCUAGUGAUAAAUUUCACGCUGGCCAACAGUCCAGCUAGCACCACCGCGUCCGAUGCGACGACUGUCACCGAAGAAAGUGCAACCGAAAGCGACCGGGGCGAUGAUGGCUACCAUAAUCAGACGAUGAUUAGCAGUGAUAGUGACAGUUUAGGUGCUGAUAUCGGCAACCAGUCCAGCACGACGCAGCUGCCGGUGAAGGUGGGCGUAGUACCACGGAGAAAGCCGCUGUUUUCUACCGGAAACCGCCUCUGGGAUGCGCUGAUUGCCGAGUGUCUCCGAAAGCCGACAUUUGCAUGCAUCCAGAAGAAUGUAUACAGUUUCUUGGGCGAGUCGCUGGACGUUGGCGAUUUCAACGUCAGCAAUCGGCUGAUGUUCGUCAAGAACCGGGUCGAUUACACCAAGUACACCCGCGAGGCGAACGAGGACGAUCAUCAUGAGGCUGAUAAUGAGAUACCGGAUGCGAGAGCAGACUACCAGCCGACGUCCCCGAUCGAGGAAGUCACCACGGCACUGCACGGCAAAACGCUGAAGUUCAUGCUGACCCACGAUGUCAACGUGCGCCUGCCGGAGAUCAUGUUCGACGGGGCGGUCCUACGCAUCGAACCGCGUGCCAUCGAGGGCAACGGAAUGGUCGCCAAGAUGGAGUUCAUCCCGCGCACCGCACUCCAGUCCAGGGGUAUAACAGAGCCGAGGAUUCUGUUCAAGAAAAUUAAAAAACUAUUCACCGGUAAACUACUACUGGCCUUCCUCGGCGUAAUUCUGGUGCUGAAGAUCAUCAAAAUCAAGAUCAUGUGGCUAUUCCCGCUGCUGGUCGGCGUCGGAACGGCCAAAAAGCUGAUCCUGAAGUUCCUGCUGUUCCUGUUCCCGGCACUGUCGCACAUCUUCAAACUGUGCUCGUACUACCACGAAUCCUACCACAAGCCGAACUUCCACCAUCACCAGCAUCACAUCAAGCAUUUGCACUCGUUCUAUGCACCGCACGAACAUGGUACCAUCACUGCCAACCUACCGGAGCUGAUCUACACCAAGCCACCCCGGGGACACCCGUCGGAAUACAUCCACGGAGCACCGGUACCACCGCACUCACACUUCCAGCCCGACUUCCACUACGAAUCGUCCGGUGUCGGACUAGGAUCCGAGUUCAUUAGCGAUAGAAACUCUUACGUAGACACCUCAUUCAAACCAAAGUACGAGGACUUGAAUGAUAUCAAUGCAUGGGGUUUGGGCACUGGUUCAACAACAGCACAACCACAACCACCACCACCACCACCACUACCAUCAUCAUCAUUCUCUUCACCACUCUACGGUAGUAGUUACAGUAAAAGCAGCAAUGUAAAUCCCCUCACGCAUCAUCAGCCAAGAAUUUCUGGCCCGAAACCGGUAUAUGGACCACCAUCGUCAGGCUUCUCGUCGUUUGCCUCCAAGCGAACUCCGACCGGAGCGGCCACUUCGAUUGCAGCCUCGUACGUGUCCGCCCCGGCCGGUUUGACAAUGACGGCGGAGGAACAAAUGAUUCGAGAGGCCCAGCGGCAGGAGGCUUACAGGAUAGCCCAGGAGCAGAGGCUGAUCGCGAAACAGCAGCAGAUCAUCAAUCAGCAGGCCUUCAUGCAGGAGGGCGUCACACCGCGGCCAGUCGAUCCGUUCUACAGCCCGAUCCUGCAGCGGAUGGACAAGGUGUUCAAUUCGCUCGGAAUCUUGGACGAAAACUGCCGCGAACGGCUCGUCUGUGCCAUGUACAAGACCCCGGCUAAAUUCAGUCCACACAGUAACUACAUCUCGGCGGAACUGAGCAGGUGA